GCAACAAGUGCGGGUCUGGCGGAGCGCGGUGGCGCGCGGAGACCGAGAGGCGACCGGGAGCGGCUGGGCCCCCGGCGGCGCGCCCCUCGGCAGGGCCGAGAGUCGCGUCAGUCGGUGCCCCCGGCCGAGUGCGGUCCGCCUCCCUUUCAGCGGCCAUCCGCCAGGAGCGCGGCCAGGGGGCAUGUCAGAUCCACCAGGGGCGCCGCCGCCGGCGCUCGCAGGCCGCGGGUGAAGAAAAAAGUGCGGCUUCACUCGGCCCAGAGCGAAGAGGUGGCUGGAAGCAAAGAGGUAGUCGGGAGCGAAGAGGUGGUCCAGAGCGAAGAGGUGGCCCCAAGCGAAGAGGUGGCCCCAAGCGAAGAGGUGGCCCCAGGCGAAGAGGUGGUCGGGAGCGAAGAGGUGACCGAGAGCAAAGAGGUGGCCUUAAGCGAAGAGGUGGCCCAGAGUGAGGAAAUGGCGGCAGCUGGACUCAGCGUGACCGUCACCCACAGUGAGCACGGGUGUCCGGGCAAUGAGAAGCAUGACCUACAUGUUACCCCACAGCAAGGCUGUAGUGAACCAACUGUCCAAGACCUGGCCCAGGUUGUUGAAGAGGCCACUGGGGUCCCACUACUUUUUCAGAAACUCAUAUUUAAGGGAAAAUCUCUGAAGGAAAUGGAGAAACCUUUGUCUGCACUUGGACUACAAAAUGGUUGCCGGAUCAUGUUAAUUGGGAAAAAGAAUAGUCCAGAGGAAGAAAUUGAACUAAAGAAGUUGAAAGAUUUGGAGAAGUCUGUGGAGAAGAUAGCUAACCAGCUGGAAGAGUUGAAUAAAGAGCUUAGUGGAAUCCAGCAGGGCUUUCUGGCCACAGAUUUGCAAGCUGAAGCUCUCUGCAAACUCAAUAAGAGAGUAAAAGCCACAAUUGAGCAGUUUAUGAAGAUCUUGGAGGAGAUUGACACACUAAUUCUGCCAGAAAAUUUCAAAGACAGUAGACUAAAAAGGAAGGGUUUGGUGAAAAGGGUUCAGGCGUUCCUAGCUGAGUGUGACACAGUGGAACAGAACAUCUGCCAGGAGACAGAGCGGCUGCAGUCCACAAACUUGGCCCUGGCCAAGUGAGGUGAGGCGGAGAGAGGCUGUUCGACCCUGAAGACAGUUCCACCAGCUCUGCCCCAUUUGGAACAGAAGUUACCUGAUUUCUCCAGGGUUGCUGGGGACAAUUGGCCAGUUGCCAGUUUUCCUUCUCCUACACCUGUUCUCAAAGAACAAGUAUUGUCUUUACAGUACUAAGUAGAGCUCUUGUCUGUUUUCCCAUUCUGUCUCUGUGUGGCUGUGCUGGCCACCAGCCCACCUUGUCUGGGGAAGGCCCAAGUCUUCCCAGGUCUUUUGACCUUUGGGUGCCCUCAUUUGUCCUGGGGUAGUUUGGGUUUUUAUAGGCCACCUUGGUCUUCAAAUACAUAAGGCCUUUUUGCCCUUGUGAUCCUGGAGUCCCAUAGAUGUGAAUCAGAGUCACGGGGAGGGGGAGGGUUGUAUCUCAUUGGGAAUGUUAGGAAUGGCCUGGAACAGGUGUUUGGCACAAACUAGUCCAAGUAUCUCUUGUUGUGACCUGAUUCUAGAAGAGCUGGCUUGGUUGUUGGUUCACAUACCCUGUCCUCACCUCCCAGUGUCCCUGCAAAGCCACAGCCAGUAGGUCUCAGGGGGCCAUUCCUGGGGUCAGAGCCUUGUGUUUGAUGUCCCCAAACAAAUCUGUAGAAGGUUAGAACCCAGUGCUGAUGGAGUCUCUGCGUGAAACCAGGUCAGAAUCACAGCUUAGGAAGGGCAGAGAGGGGAGCAGAAUGAGUAAAGCAGGCAGAUGGUGAAGACAACCAUAAACUUCUCAGGAGUUCCUUCCAAGGCAUUUCUGUUACCUGUACCAUCCUGAGAUCUGUAUUUCCUUCAAGGCUGUUCCUGUCCAUUUUGUGGCCUUCUCUACCCCUCCACCCAUUGUUUUUAAAAAACAGUUUGUAUACACAUCAGCAAACAGAAGAGUGUUUAAACUUUUUUUUUUUAAAUAAAGUGUGAGAGGCAAGAGCCCUUGUGGUUCUAGUCAUAACUUUAAUAAAAUUGAGAGUGGCCGUGCAUGCUAGAACCCUUAAACCGGUCAGCUGCUGUCACCCCAUUUUUUCACACAGUGCCCAGGAAACAGAUGGGCUCUUGACAGUCAACUCUGAAACCAACCGUAUUUGGCAGAGAGGGCAUCAGUGAAAUCCCAGGAAUUUAGGACUGUGUGGGUGGGACUAGGAAAAGGUGAUGACUCGGUGGACAAGUGGAUGAGGCUCAGGGCCCAGCCCAGCCCAGCACCAGCUGCAAUCAGAGCAAUCCAGUACUUAGCUGUUUUUAUGUAGUAGCUGUGUCGCCUUGGGUCACAACAUUGAAUGAAAAGUUACUGUGUGCCAGAUACUAUUUUAAGUACUUUAGAUGCAUUAGUUGUUUAAUCCUCAAACAACCUAGGAGGUAGACAGAUAGUAACCCGUGUUAGAGGUGAGGAAGCUGAGAGAGCUUAGGUAAUUGGCUGAAGUCAUAGAACAACUAGCAAAACCAGGACACCAAGCCGGGCAGUUUGAUUCAGAGCCCAUGAUCUUCAUCUCUGUUGUGCCACUUCCCCAUUGUCAGGGUUGCAUGUUCUCUCUCAUUUUCUCUUCCUCGCCCUCCUUAUCUCCCAUGUUGGUCUUUCCACUUCCUCUCUGCUCCUCUCCAGUUCAUUCCCCACAGAGCACUGUGAAUGAUUCUAAAGUACAAAUCCUAUCGUGUUGGUCCCCUGCUUAAAAACCUCCAAUGGCUUCCCAUUUCUCUGGAAAUAAAGGCCAAAGUCCUUAUUCUCUGCCCUCUCCCAUUUCAUCUCGGGCCACCCUCCUAUUUGCUGCCUGUGGUUGGCCACUCUGGUCUUUGCCCAGGUCCUCAUAUGCUCUGUACCCUCUGCUGCCCUGGGGUGUUUACAUACACUCUUCCCCUGCUGGGACAGCUCCACGCCACCCUUCCACUAGGUAACUCCUAUUUAUCUUUCAAAACUGAACUCAAUGCCUUUUCCAUGGACUGAGAACAUAUCAAGGCCCCUGUCAUAGCUUGCUGUAACUUUUCUUUCACAGCAUGUAUCAUAAUCUGUGAUGAUUUAUUUAUGGGAUUGUUUGAUUUAAUAUUUGCCUUUUAUAUUUGACUGUAAGUUCCUUGGGUUAAGGUGCUACUCUGACUUGUUAACAGUGUAUUUCAAACACGUUGUCUGGUUUUAUAGUAGAUGCCCAAUAAAUAUUUGGAGAAUGAA